CGGUGUGUGAGUACGCGAGUAUCUCGGACAUAACCUACAGUGUGUUCGCGGGGUUGCACGAUCGCCGGAAAAGUCGGCGAGCGCGCGCGACUUGUAAACGGCGUAGCGGUCGCAUCCGGCAUCAGCGCGCAGCCCGCCAGUAGUCGACAGUUUGCAGCCCGCUAGACUCUCGCAAUGCGCGCAGCGAGGCUCGAAUUCGUAUCGCUCGCAUCUCCGCGUACUGUAUAAACUUGUUGGCGGACGCAGUUGCCUUCGCUCGCGUUGUGUUUUGACGUGCAGACGCGCAGGCCGCUGCAGCUGGCGACGACGCGCUCCAAGUGCCGGACGAGUUGGAAUUGCCAUGGCCGCGGCCACAGCGAAAUAAUAUAACCAAACAACACAACCUAGUGAAUCUGUUAUUAUGUAGGUACUGGUGAAUUAGAUAGAGAAUACAUUCAACAAUGAGUACCGUUAAACAAGAGCGGCACGACGACGCCGAGAUCAACGAGCUUGCAGCGAAGAUCGUCGAAGCGCACAAGUCGAAGCAACAGCAGCAGCCGGCAGCGACCGCAGCAACCAACAACAUCAACCGAGCUGGCUUGAAUACCAUUCUUGGUUUUAUCAAGAGCAACGGUAAGAAUAAAACCUCCACGCCGACGGAGGCGACAACUCCCAGUGGUGAUAAACCCGUGUUGGAUGAACGCUCACAAAAGGGCCAGUUUGGUUGGACGACGCUGGGGAAGGUGCACAUUCCGUACAUCUUCCGCGGCACCGAUGAUAAGUAUUGCGCGGUGCGCAUGGUAGAGAGUAAACUGCUGGACAAAUACCUCACCUACCUACACCAGGAUAUCUACAACUGCACGUGCAUCCGCAGUUAUUACAUCACGGAUGCCGAAGCGCGUCUCCUCAACGACGUGAAUUUCGUGCAUUGCGAUUCGUUUUUCGGACGCGAUCGCUUCACCGGUGAGGAUCUCAUCGUGCGUCUCAGCGACGCCGUCGAGUUUUAUAAUUUUCUCGACGCGUGUUACUCGAAACUCCUCAACGGGAGCUCGAAUCCACUUGAUCGAUGCGGUUUUAUACGCAUUAAUAAAGAAUCAGUGGUUCCUUACACUAUUUACAAGGGUGUUAAGUUUGUGCCCUUGUUUUACUUCGAAGGAGAGACGGAUAAUCUCAAGCUACGCGCGAAUAAACUCGAAGGAUGGGAUUUGUCGUACCUGAAGUUCUGUUGCAAGGUGCAAGGCAUACGCAAUGAGUUAUUCGCGCAUGAUUCCUGUUCGGUGAUCAGCGUCGAAGAUAUACGGAAUUAUUUCCCCCCGGGUACAGUAUUCGAGGAUUACUGGCCGCAGAAGAUGCUGGAGACGCAGUAUUUGAUUACGAAUAAGAAUUCGAGUCAGACGCAGGUCGGGCAAUGGACGCGGCAGCCUGUUGGACCUCCGAUUGCCACGGCGCCGCUGUCGCAUCCGAAAGCAACGCCGGUGGUGAAAACUGUUGCGCCUGCGCCGACGCCAGCGGUGGCUGCUGCACAGCACAUGUCGCAGAUGUACAAUAAUUAUCCGACCACGAUUGGCGCACAUCCGACUUAUCAACCGACGGCGGCGGCGAGGACGGUCGCGUCGGCUGCGAAUCGAGCUACUUAUGGAUCUGUCACGGGUAGUGCCCGAGCUGGGAGGUCGUAUGUGUGUCAUACACAAGCACCGCCGCCAUUGGUGCGAUCCACCGUUGGUUAUCCAGGAUAUGUCAAAGACGAUUGGCCGGCCGCCGCGUACACGAACGCGCAGACCACAGCGGCGACAAACUACCUGCUGAUGAACGAAAACUACGGGCGUCAGCAGCAGGCGUCGAUACGCAAGUACCCGCCGCCGCCGCUCAUCCCCGUCCGGCAGAUGAACGGCGGCCUGCAAGCGCUCUAUCAGCCGACACCGGCCGCGGAUCUUGCCGACCUUAGUGCCAAUAAUCACCAAAUAAUCAACCAGCAGCCAGCGCACCAGCAGCCGCGGUCGACGGCAACGCCACAGGAUGACCGCACGAAUGGGCGCAUCAUUGGCGUGCAGCGUAAGGUCGUCUCGAUGUCCAACACGCACGAAACUAACAUUCCCUACAAGCUCUCGAAGGCGAUGGUCGACGGCAAGAUUCUGCCCGCGAUCAACAUGAAACCCUACAUGUACAACGAUCUGCUGGUGACGCUGCAGGACUUAGUCAAUUACUUUUUCAAUAAUGUUCCUGUGCAAAACUGCCAGCAAGUCAUCAAUGUGCUUGGUAUUGAAGUUUACAAAAGUAACACGGCACAAAUGCACGUCCUGGUGGAAAAUGGCAAGUGCCAAAGCAUUAACGAAACGGUGCUGCUGGUGCAGGUGCGCCAUGUGAUUGACUACAUGCCGCAGUUGAAGUAUAUGCUCGUCGGCAACAUGACGGCGAUGCCGAAGCGCAGCUAGGAGUGGCCAUCCACGGCGUGGGGCCAUCCCUUUUACUAGCGCGCGAUCACCGGUUUCAUGUUCCUACCAAUGCCGCCAACGCGAGUGCUAAUGUGUUGUGUGUUACCCGGACGGCCAUUUUGAAUUUUAUGCGUUUAACUCGCGGCCUAAAUCCUAGUUAGUGACAAAUGGUGUGACACCGCGCGUUUAUAAACACUACAAUCUCUGUACAUACUGAAGUAAAACAGUAACAGUCUUAGUUAAAUAACUCAUUUUUAUAUCCCAAAAUGUAGAAAAACUACUUUGUACAGUGUAAUUAUGUUUACGUCGAGUUUUGAUUGGAAGUUAAUUGCUACUUUACAUAAUUAAGUGUGUGCCACAGGGUGGAGGACGACACUAGGACUGAAUUUUUACAUUAUUUUACAUUAGAGAUGGAAAUGAACAAAAUGUCAGGCGCGUAGAUCUGACCAAAUGUAAAUAGGAUGUUAUUUAUUAACUAUCAGCAGAGACACGAAUACAAAAACACACUUUACACCUAAAAACACACAGAUCAUGAUCAAUGGACAACAUAAACAAGGAUUGCGCAGUCGUUUUCUGUUGUUUUAUCUGACUUGGGGUAUAAUUGAAUAAUAUAAAUGAAUUCUUUUUCACUGGGUUAUUAUUUUCCGCCUGUGAUAACGACCAUUACUCCGGCGUGAAAGUAUUGAGGAUGUUGCGCGCGCCGAUAUACACGAUUAUAUUUUUUUAACAUUUGAACAUUCGAACAUUGAAGCUAUAUUAUAAGUUUGCCGAUAUUUUUUUACAUGUAGCUGUUAUUUAUUUUCUUUUUUCCAAGAGAUUUGUUGAGAGAGCUGAUUGGUGGAACUCUGUAUGUCUUGUAACUCUUUUUUGUUUUGCGUUUUGUUUUUUUCUGAGAAAAUUGAGCGAAAAUUGUACGAAAUAUGCAUUUUCAUGUGUAUGUGCAUCUUUAUAUAGUUUAUUGAUUAUAAAGAAACAAAUAUAAAUAUCACUAUGAUAAUAUAAA